GACAAUCCUUGACACUCGACCAUGACAUUGAAGCUCAAGUUAAAAGGUGUUGCACCACAGCCGCCUCAGUCCUUCGAUUGGGAUGCCCUCUCCUCUGCUUCCCCGGAGCCUGUCAACGAUUCAUCAUCUUCACUCAAUCCGCCAUCUGCAUGGCUCCCUGCACCCCAUAUGAAGCUCUUCGGUGCACAGCCCCUAGUUUCCACUUCCGACAUCGGAGUAGUUCGCUGUAAAGAAUGCCACAAACCUAUACUUCGUUCUGCAGUCGUCGAUCAUUCUGUCAAUUGCACACAGCUCCGCGGAGGAAAAGUCAAGGGAAAGGCGGCUGCGGCUGCAAGUGUUGACGGGGAAGAUAAGAAAGGCAAGAAACGCAAGGCCUCUCCCGAACUAAUUGAUCCCUCUCAACCGCCGAAGAAGAAGAAUAAGCCAACUCCCAAGGUCACAAAAGGUCGCCUCAAAGGUCCAGUUGACUAUGACAAGCAGUGCGGAGUCAUCAAUGACAAGAAUCUUCCCUGUUCGCGUUCCCUCACUUGUAAAUCUCACUCCAUGGGCGCCAAACGAGCCGUUCAAGGUCGUUCUCGUCCAUACGACGAGCUGCUGCUCGAUUGGCAGCGUGAACAUAAUCCUAACUUUGUCGAACCCGUCAAGAAGGAAACUAAAGCCGAGAGAAAGGAGAAGAGGGAGAAAGAAAAGUUAGAGAAGAAGAGGCUUGCAGAAGAGGCAGCUAUAGCGGCCGGUUUAGAUCCUACCAGCAAGAAAUCAGGGAGUUCGGCGGCAAAGAAGGCUGCAAAGAAGGCUGCCGCGGCAGCAGCAGCAGCGGUACGCGCUGAAAAUGCUGCAGAGAAUCAACGCGAGAAUCUGGACGAAUUGGAUUCCGAAGCGGAGGUAGAUGAGCUAGUACAAGCGGUCAGGGUUGCGCGGGAGAAUGGUAUCAUUGCUCAACCUUUAGCCGUGCCAUGCGAUGCAGGUAGCUGGUUUGUUCAACGACGUGAAAAUGCACGGACUUGCAGCAUUCAUUUGUACAACCAUUUCGGCUUAUCCCCCCAAUUGAACCCGAGUAAUGGGUUGCAGAAUAUGAAUUGGCUGAAUACUCCCGUUGGGACUAAUAUUCGCCCCAGUUAGGUCUCCAUACUAUUUAACGCUGAUUUAAG